AGCUUUGUGGUCACCCGUUCCGUCUCUGAUCAAUCGAUCAUAACGAGGUUAAUCAUUUGAUUAAUCCCGUUUGUAUCAAGGCGAGUCUAUGAACUCUGAGUACUCCCAAGCGCCCACUUUAAAAGCGCGCGAAUUGUAUGAUUAAUCGUCGCAUUGAUCGACCACUCCGCAGUUUUGUUUUGGACCGACGGCAACUAGGGUAACCGCGUCAACAUUAAUCAACAGCGUAAUGGCGGCUAAUGAAACUUUUACCCCGGAGAAUCUACAAAUGAUGGAAAAGGCCUACGUCGAGGGCCUUAAUUCUACCAACAUGGCUGUGCAUUCGAGUGCAUAUCUUUUUUUGUCUGAAGCAACAAAUAUUGAGGUCUCCAAGCUGAAAGUUUGGAUAAAUAAUCGGAAAAGGAAAGACAGGCCUAAAACCUCAACUUUCUCGUCAUCAAACGGCGAAGCUAACGGCGAGAGAAAUUCUUUGAAAAAAGCACCUUGCUAUCGGAAGACAAGUGCUUGGAACGUUUUUCUUAGCCAGUCUUUUAAAGGAGAACUUAAAGAUGUUCCAAAAGAAGAGAAAAGUAAAAGGGCACAAGAACUUUACAAGACGUUAAAAGAGGAGGAUAAGAAAAAACUGGAGGUGGAGGCAGAAAAUUUCAACUUGACAAACAUAAAAGACAUGUCUUCAGAUGACAUAGAAAAGUCAGUGAACAGCUCAAUGAAGAGGAUUCUAAAAGAGAUGCAGUAUAUGGAACAAUUUGGAUGCACUGGCUUUUCAUUAGUGAUGAAACCAAAUGGAAAGAUUCUGUCAGCUUCGACAGCAAAUGGAGAAGAAUUUAUUGUUAAUGAGCGUCAGCUUAGUAGGAGAUUUUCAGAAUAUUGCAAUACUCCAGUUGUGGCACCACCAUCACAAAUUGAAGCUCGCCUUUUUCUUAACAAGAAAUAUAGUAUAGCGGCAGGUGUGCCUCGAAGGGUACCUUACAAACAUUUCAAGAAAGCUUUUGAUGUUGAAGGAUGGCCAGAGGUUAUUCCUUUCAAGUCUCCUGCAAGAAUGGGCCAAAAACAGCUUGAAAUCUUGAUGGGAUGUAAGGAGGGCAUCAAAUUUAUAAUAAAAGAGGAUUUGGAAUGCCAACCAGCUAUUCCCCCAGCAGCGUCGCUACGAGGUAUAAACUGCACUGUAAGAAAUGACAAUGGAGAUGAAGACGAUGAACCAGAGAAGAAGAAGGCGAAAAGGGGAAAAAAAAUUUCUUUUGUGAAAAAAGAUGACAUUGUACCGGUUUAUGCCAGCAAGGAUGACUUCGAAGGUGAUGUUGAUGAAAAAGAUUACCAGUUUUGGCUUUUCCAGUGCAAUGGAAAAGUUAAGACUGACGGAACCAUUUCAGGUAGAUGGUUGAUUCAGUCUGAAGAGGAUCGUACCUUUAUAGUGCUUCCCCAGAUUCGUUCAAUCUUUGAAACAAAUGUAGUUGUCGACAACAACAAGCGCGCUGUACUGGAUUUGAAUGACUUUGAAUGCAUAAAAGAUGGAUCUUUCAAGCUGAAGUUGACUACCCUAAAGCAUCUUCAAAAAAUUUCUUCUAAAUUAUAGGCCCUGUCGGCAAGGUCUUUUAGUUACUUCUUGUUCUAGUGUUUUUUUAUUUUAAUUUAUUUCUAUCGAGUUUUUUUACGGUACCAUCCGAUAACAAAUGGUACGAAUGUUGUUUUCUAUAUUAAGCUUAUCUUUUUCUUGUCAUUGUUUGUAAAAGGAAAGAAAGUUCCGAAAGCGAAUAAAAUUUCAAUUCAUUCUUAGUACGAUUAGGCUUGUCCUUAGUGACAGUUAUGGAAAAUAAUUUAAAAUUUUCGAUUUAAUUUUAAUAGCAAUACCAUACAAAAUAUAUUUUCCAAAUACUGUUAACAAUAACGUAACGCUGUAGAUGUAAAACUUAAAAGAGGUAAAUUGUUAACCCUAUAUUUUAUUAUAAAAAAGAGAUUUUUACACUGAAACUUAUUCAGCAUUGAUCCAACUUAAGCGUAAUGUAUUAACAUAUUUGUAUUACUUGAUGUAUUUGAUAAAUGUUUUGUUUUGUGAUUAUUCCUGUUAUUUUGCAGUAGUUUUGAUAUUUAAUUACUGAAUUUGCUUGACAGCCAAAUCAAAAGGCACAAAUAGUUUUUAUAUCUCUUUGGUAUAAUGACCUGUAUUUAUCCUUAAAAAAGGUAAAAGUUGUUAUUCUCAUAUUUUUCAUCUAGCCAGCCAGGUAGAAAACUGUGCAAAGAACCAUGCAAAUAAUGCUUUGAAAGGUCAAGUGAUUAGCUGCUCUCCGGUCACAUAUAUAGCAGCUCGACUCAUUAAAAAAGUCCAACAGCGUCCUAACAAAGUUGUUGAAAAUUUUAUUUCCUCCUCCAGGGGCAGCGCCACGGGGUGGACUGGGGUGGACAUAUCCACUCUACUUUUUAAGGUCGAUUUUCUAAUUAUUUCAAAACUGGAUUGAAAACUUGAGGGAGGAGGGAUCUCUUUUCUGAGAUCUGAACUUUUUUCAUUUUGCUGGUCAGUUCCGCUAUGACAUUAUCUUCUUCAGAUCAAAAAAGCUUUCGAUUCUGUGUACCAUAAGCUGCUGUUACAGCAGCUUGUUACAUAUGGAAUAAAGGGUAAUUUCCUAAAAGUUAUCACAUCACUUUAUGAUAAAGUUAAAUCGUGCGUGAGAGGUAAAGAUAGCCUUACAAAUAUUUUUCCAUGCAGUAGAGGUGUGAGGCAAGGGUGCCUUCUUAGUCCUGUCCUAUUCGCUUUAUAUUUGAACGAUUUAAACCGCCACAUUAGAGCAUCUUCACAGGGGGUAAUGGUGGAUGAUAUACCUGUCCACUCACUUUUAUAUGCCGACGAUCUUGUCUUAAUAGCCAAAGAUAGAAAAGACCUUCAGUCUCAAUUGAAUGCAUUAGACAAAUUUUCAAAAUCUCUAAAAAUGGACGUGAACAUGGACAAAACUAGAGUCAUGAUAAUUCAAAAACAGAAAUCCCGUGCUAAAUCUACAAAAAAUAAAACUUGGAAGAUUGGCGAUAAAGAAGUUAACGAAUGUGUCUCAUAUAAAUAUUUAGGUGUAAUGUUAAAAUCGAACGGGUCUUUCUCAGAACACAUCGUUAGAAUGAAAGAGAAAGCUCAUAAGGCCUAUUUUUCCCUUAUAGCUAAAAGCAAAGAAUGGGGCGGUUUUCAGCCACGUCUUUUUCUCUAUCUAUUUGAUCAUACGAUUGUUCCUAUUCUAAAUUAUGCAUCAGAAAUAUGGGGUUUUGAAGAAUGGUCUAAGCUAGAAACUCUUCAUCUAAAAGCCUGUAAAUAUGCUUUGGGUGUUCGACCUAGUACCACUACCGAUGCCGUUUACGCUGAACUGGGAAGAAUAAGUCUUCAAACCCAUAGACAUAUACGUAUUCUAAGUUUCUUCGCUCGAUUA